CUCAAAUUUAGGGCGCGGGCGCAGAAAUGGCUUAAUCCGGAUGUGAACUUGAAAUGAACUCGGUGAUUCUCUCGAUGUCUUCUCGGGGCCGACAUUUCAAUUUGGACGAUGCCGACGGAAACUUAGUCAUGGAGUUAGAUGGCGUCAAAGGCUUCAGGAAGAAGAAGAUGACGAUCCGCUUCAUAAAUUUAUCGAUUACGCGAGGCCUUUGCUAUUAUUUGAAGACUAAGAAAACUUCGAUCCUAAUGUUAAUGGAACGGAGACCAAUGCGGCCGGUUGGAGUUUGAUCGCCUCCCGGUUCCUCAGAACUUGUAUCGCCUACUCGAGUUUUGUUACCGCUGCGAUUUUGCUAUCUAAGCUCUCGCAGGAUUGAAUCUAUUGGUCACUGGAAAUUUAUGAGAAGAUUAAUGACUUCGGAUGAUACAAAUCAGUGAUAAUGAUGAUUUCAAUUUAAAGUUUAUCGUGGGGUGAACAGGGGUUACUAGCCAAUAUUAUAAGUGUUGGUUUACUUGCACUUGAUAGACCAUAAAUUGCAACUGUAAUCGAGAAUGGCAUUGGAACAAGUGAUGAUCUUUGUCUUGAAUAUGUUAGUGCAACACAGUUAUACUUGGUGCCCUGCAUUCAUCAAGUGAGUUGUAGAACCCCACCUCUCCCCACACCAUGCACACACAAAAUUUAGAGACUUCUCUGUUUCUUGGAUCCCGUCGAUAUGUAAAUAUUCCACAACGCAGGUCUCUGUUUUAGCACAGAAUAUAAACCAAGCUUCAAGAACGCUUAGCACGUCGUAUCCUACACUUAGUACAUCUUUAUGAAGAUAAAUCUUAAUAGCCAUCUGUUUGUGAAGUUUACAGUCUUCUGUGGUCGACCUUCAAGAUAAGAUGACUGGCAUUAGCUUAUAUGCUUGGAGGCUUUAUGGAUUGAGAAUCAUGUUGGAGCUUCUUUUGUCAACUUGAGCUGCUUGCCAGCGUUGUUUUCUCCUUGUCAUCUUAAACUUUCACGACUUUCUGAUCUUACGAGCAAUACUCAUGGUACAAAGGCGAAGCUUUCUCUUUUUCCUUCUCUUUCUUUCUUUUUGUCUAUAGUAUGUUAUGUGUGAUGAGGAACUUCUCAAAGUGGAAAGGUUUCAGAUUUCUUUCCAUUUACCAGGACCACUAGAGAGCUCUAAUCGCUCAUCCCCAAUAGUCUACUUCGCUGAAAGGAUUUAUGGGAGCCGUACAUCAAUAUCCUUUGGAGAUCAAGUGAGGCAAAACUCCGUACCUUUGUUGCUUGGAAGCAGCAUAGUAGGGAUUCCUCAUUCUUAUAACGUAAUAUAUAAACAACAAACGUUAGGAGAGAGACAAAUGAUCAAUGAAGUUUAUCUUUUUGCAACCUUUAUUGGGAAUUUAGGGAAAAUUAGGCUUGAUAACGAUUUUGUUACUUAUCUCUGUUUUUUGAAAAUUAUGUUUGUUUCCUCUUAAUUUCUUUAUUAUGGAUUUAGAAACAUAAUAGUGAAUUGAAGGAGGAAGAUCGGCAGAUGUGGAAAUAUUGACUAUUCUGUUAAUGAUCCACUUUCAUGGGAGAUUACUUUGCACUUGUGAAUAAUGCUUCAUUCAGGAACUAUCUUUCUAGCAGUGGCUGCUGCAAGACGGCAAAAGGUAUUGUAAAGACCUACAGGGCAUCACCAGAUUUUAAGCCCUCUUAAGCGCCUCUUUCUUGGCCGUCGCCGGGAAGAUGGAUUCAUCAAGAGCAUUGUCUCAUUCGAUUGAUGUUCCGGCGACCUCACAAGGAAGCUCUGAGGAAGAAUCUCUCCUAUCUUCCAUUGAAAGAAAAUUGGAAGCCUUCUGUUCAUCCAUUACCAUCUUCAGAGCUACAAAUGAAAUCAGUAUCGAAGAUAGAAACGUCUUCGUCCCCGCCAAAGUCUCAAUCGGCCCUUUCCACCACGGCGCGCCACAUCUCGAAUCAAUGGAAAAUCUCAAGUGGUGCUACUUGUCCGCUUUCUUGAAGAACAAUCCGUCCGUCGAUUUACAAUAUCUUAUUGAACUCGUUGUUAAAUCUGAGAGCCGAUUGAGAAAAUGCUAUGAGGAAGAGUUUUAUGGUUUCGACAGCAAUAAGUUUUCACAGAUUAUGUUGCUUGAUUGCUGCUUCAUUCUCGAGCUGCUUUUGCGAUACUCGAAAAAGAGGCUCAGGCGACGGAAUGACUCUGUUUUCACUACUCCUGGUUUGCUCUUCGAUUUGAGAUGCGACUUGAUGUUGCUUGAAAAUCAGAUUCCCUACUUCCUUCUCAAAGACGUUUAUGCAAAUGUGCAAGAUCCGACCGAGGAAAAUAUGUCUCUCAAUGACCUAACCUUCCGAUUCUUCAAAACUAUGGUUGCUGGAGAUCGGCAAUUUGUUUACGACAAUUUCAUGGUGGAAGCAGAUCAUCUACUCGAAAUGAUUCACUCUUGUUUUCUCUCCACCUAUCCUCGAAUGGAGACGAACGACAACUCGAAGUCGAGAGAAUUACCUAGUGCGUCGAAGCUUAAAACUGCGGGAAUCAAAAUCAAGAACUUCAAAUCUUCAAAGAGCUUAUUAGACAUCAAAUUUCAGAACGGCGUCCUCGAAAUUCCACCUCUCAAGGUGUAUCAAAAGACAGAGGUGAUUCUGAGGAAUCUUGUAGCGUAUGAGAUCCAUCAAUCCGGAAGCGACCGGCAAGUGAAAUCGUACAUCAAUUUCAUGAGUCACCUUCUACAGUCUGAUCAAGACGUGAAGAUUCUCUAUAGAAGGAAAAUCCUAAACGAUCAGGAGAACGACGAGGAACAGAUUAUUCGAAAUUUGAAAUGGAUGAGGGAGAAGGAGAGUUUAUCGGGAACGUACUUUGCCGGCAUUGUUCAGAAAUUAAACAAGAAGCGAGACCGAUGUGUGUGGUGUCAGAAUUUAAUACAAUUUAUUUCGAGUUUAAAGAAUAAAUUAUGGAAUAUAUGA